CGCCGCCGCCGCCGCCGCCCGGCUCCCCCGGCACGUCCAGGACCCGCUGCGCCAGGCGCGCCGUCCCCGGACCCCGCGUGCGUCCCCGCGAGGGCGGUGAUCCGGCCGCUCGACCUGCCCGCCUCUCUGUCCCGCUUCCUGCCACCGUCGCCCCCUCCGGCCAGGGGCCCCCGCGAAAGCCGCGCCGGCCCUCGCCUCGGCCCCGCAGCCCCCGUGCCGCUCUCCGCGCCAUGGACGCCCCCGAGCCGCAGCCCGACCCCGACGGCGGGGAUGCCCCAGGCCACGAGCCCGGGGGCAGCCCCCAAGACGAGUUCGACUUCUCCAUCCUCUUCGACUAUGACUAUUUGAAUCCUAUCGAAGAAGAACCGAAUGCACAUAAGGUCGCCAGCCCACCCUCCGGACUUGCAUACCCCGAUGAUGUCCUGGACUAUGGCCUCAAGCCAUACAGCCCCCUCCCCAGUCUCUCUGGCGAACCCCCCGGCCGGUUUGGGGAGCCGGAUAGGGUAGGGCCCCAGAACUUUCUGAGCCCGGCCAAGCCAGCGGGGGCCUCGGGCCUGAGCCCUCGGAUCGAGAUCACUCCAUCCCACGAACUGAUGCAGGCAGGGGGGCCCCUCCGCACGAGAGACACCGGCCUCCUGGGGGAGCGGCCGCCCCUGCCGGGGAUGGCUGCCAGCCCGAGGUUCACCCUGCCCGUGCCCGGCUUCGAGGGCUACCGCGAGCCACUUUGCUUGAGCCCCGCUAGCAGCGGCUCCUCUGCCAGCUUCAUUUCCGACACCUUCUCCCCCUGCACCUCGCCCUGCGUCUCGCCCAAUAACGGCGGGCCCGACGACCUGUGUCCCCAGUUUCAAAACAUCCCUGCUCAUUAUUCCCCCAGAACCUCGCCAAUAAUGUCACCUCGAACCAGCCUCGCUGAGGACAGCUGCCUGGGCCGCCACUCGCCCGUGCCCCGUCCGGCCUCGCGCUCCUCGUCGCCUGGUGCCAAGCGGAGGCAUUCGUGCGCAGGGCCCUUGGUUGCCCCGCUGCCCGGAGCCUCACCCCAGCGCUCCCGGAGCCCCUCGCCGCAGCCCCGCGACGACGGCGCCCCCGCUGUGUACCCCCCCACGGCUGGCUCUGCCGUCCUCAUGGAUGCCCUGAACAGCCUCGCCGCGGACUCGCCUUGCGGGAUCCCCCCCAAGAUGUGGAAGACCAGCCCCGACCCCUCGCCGGUGUCUGCCGCCCCGUCCAAGGCCGGCCUGCCCCGCCACAUCUACCCGGCCGUGGAGUUCCUGGGGCCCUGCGAGCAGGAGGAGAGGAGGAACUCGGCCCCCGAGUCCAUCUUGUUGGUGCCGCCAUCGUGGCCCAAGCAGCUGGUGCCCGCCAUCCCCAUCUGCAGCAUCCCAGUGACUGCAUCCCUUCCUCCACUUGAGUGGCCACUCUCCCACCAGUCAGGCUCCUAUGAGCUUCGGAUUGAGGUGCAGCCCAAGCCACAUCACCGGGCCCAUUAUGAGACAGAAGGCAGCCGAGGGGCUGUCAAAGCUCCAACCGGUGGCCAUCCUGUUGUUCAGCUCCAUGGCUACAUGGAAAACAAGCCCCUGGGGCUACAGAUCUUCAUUGGGACGGCUGAUGAGCGGAUCCUUAAACCCCACGCCUUCUACCAGGUGCACCGGAUCACGGGAAAAACUGUCACCACCACCAGCUAUGAGAAGAUUGUGGGCAACACCAAAGUCCUGGAGAUCCCUCUGGAGCCAAAAAACAACAUGAGGGCGACCAUCGACUGUGCGGGAAUCCUGAAGCUUAGAAAUGCCGACAUUGAGCUGCGGAAAGGCGAGACAGACAUCGGGAGAAAGAACACGCGUGUGAGGCUUGUUUUCCGAGUGCACAUCCCGGAGUCCAGCAGCAGGAUCGUGUCCUUGCAGACGGCGUCCAACCCCAUUGAGUGCUCCCAGCGAUCCGCCCACGAGCUGCCCAUGGUGGAAAGACAGGACAUCGACAGCUGCCUGGUCUGUGGGGGCCAGCAGAUGAUUCUCACCGGACAGAACUUCACAGCCGAGUCCAAAGUCGUGUUUACUGAGAAGACCACAGAUGGGCAGCAAAUUUGGGAGAUGGAAGCCACAGUGGAUAAAGACAAGAGCCAGCCUAACAUGCUUUUUGUUGAGAUCCCUGAGUAUCGGAAUAAGCACAUCCGUGUGGCGGUGAAGGUGAACUUCUACGUGAUCAAUGGGAAAAGAAAACGAAGUCAGCCUCAGCACUUUACCUACCACCCAGUCCCAGCCAUCAAGACGGAGCCAACUGAUGAAUAUGACCCCACCUUGAUCUGCAGCCCUGCCCAUGGGGGCCUGGGGAGCCAGCCUUACUACCCACAGCACCCGAUGGUGGCUGAGUCCCCCUCCUGCCUUGUGGCCACCAUGGCUCCCUGCCAGCAAUUCCGCUCGGGGCUCCCAUCCCCCGAUGCCCGCUACCAGCAGCAGAACCCAGCGGCUGUUCUCUAUCAGCGGAGCAAGAGCCUGAGCCCCAGUCUGUUGGGUUACCAGCAGCCAGCCCUCAUGGCCACCCCCCUGUCCCUUGCGGACGCCCACCGCUCCGUGCUGGUACACACUGGCUCCCAGGGCCAGAACACAGCCCUGCUCCACCCCUCUCCAGCCAACCAGCAGGCCUCACCGGUGAUCCACUACUCACCCAGCAACCAGCCGCUGCGCUGCGGAGGCCACCAGGAAUUCCAGCACAUCAUGUACUGCGAGAAUUUUGCCCCCAGCACCACCAGGCCCGGCCCUCCCCCCGUCAGUCAAGGUCAGAGGCUGAGCCCGGGGUCCUACCCCACAGUCAUUCAGCAGCAGAAUGCCACAAGUCCAAGAGCCGCCAAAAAUGGACCCCCAGUCAGUGACCAAAAGGAAGUGUUACCUGCAGGAGUGACAAUUAAACAGGAGCAGAACUUGGACCAGACCUACUUGGAUGAUGAGCUGAUAGACACACACCUUAGCUGGAUACAAAACAUAUUAUGAAACAGAAUGACUGUGAUCUUUGAUCCGAGAAAUCAAAGUUAAAGUUAAUGAAAUAAUCAGGAAGGAGUUUUCAGGACCUCCCGCCAGAAAUCAGACGUAGAAGAUGCCAUUAGCAAGACACCGUCCGCACCUGACCCCUCGGAGCCUCCCACUGCCCCUGACCUUCCGUUUUCUUUACUGUACACCUCCUGGCCUGGAGUCCACCCACGGAACAAUAUUCUGGCAGAAAGCUGAUUCUCAAUUAAGGAGUGCCCCCCACUCUCUCUGUAAACACCGGGGAGAACCCUCUGCCUUUUGAUUUUUGUUUUAAAUUCCAACAAGCAUCUCAGUUGACUUACCGGCGGCCCAUCCAUACCUAAGUGCCUGCUGACCAAAAACGCAUUCUGAACAAGACAGCACGCUGGAACACGCCUGAGAACGGAGUGCCCGCGGCCAGGGACGCGGGCCGGGGUGGGGGUGGAGGAUGGGGGGCACUGUGAUGAGACCCCAGCCGUCGCGUUCAUUUUUCCGGGUCACAGAUUCCUGGUGUAGCUCCUGUCCCUUUGAAGGAAAGGAGUUCUCAAACCGAGCAACCAAAGGAACCUGGCCCCAGAGUCUGGCUUACAGGCUGGAGAAAAAGAGAAGCCGGACCGUCAUCCUUAGGGAUUGCCUCUUUGACAUGACAGUUGGGCCACCGCAAAAGCUUUAUUUUUAAAUUUUCACUUUUGGAAGCAAAACCGUCUGGCCCAUACAAGAUCACCUGUUAAAACUCAACGUUAAGUUAUGACAUGUAUACACAUUUGUUCCUUUUUUUUCCCCUCUGCUUCAAAAAGCAGGCCAACGGCGGCUAGAGGCGGCGUGCUCUUGGCCAGCCGCUCGCCACCCCCGCAGGACCCGCCCACGGACUGGAGAAGGAUCCGGGCAGCAGAGUGGACCCCGUCCACUGCAGCCCCACGUGACGGCUUUUUGACAUUCUCGCUUGCUUGCUUCCUAAGCUGGAGUGCUUUUCCAUAGUAAUUAAGGGUCUUAAGCAUGUGCGUUGAAUUUUGAGAAGGAAUGGUAGAAGGGCUGAAGCAGAACCAGAAAUUAAGGUACAGGUAUUUUUGUUAAGUAAAAUGGUGGUGACAUGAGGCAAUUGGCAGGCCUAAGUGUUUCUCUAAGUGGGUUCCCCCACGAGAGGAAAAGGGCUGAAUUCCCUCUGUGGCCCAGACUCAAAGUGGGACACUGAAGCUCAGGAUCCGGCCCCACAGUUCACAGGUUAUUUUUACCAGCACCCCUUUAAAGCUCCCCUAAGGCCCAGAGACCCAUCUGCAUUCGCCGCCCUGUCUGAACAGAAGCAAAUCCACUCACGCGCAUCCCUUAGUUUGGUGGGUGCUGCUCAAACCAGUCGUUUUCAUGAUUUCUCCCCCAGUUGUCUUUCUCCACCAUGCACACCAAGAGUCCUCAAGAAUUCCUCCUUCGGUGCAAUUUUGGCAAACACCUAAAACCCUCAGAGAACUUGACAGGUGAAUUUUUAAUCACACAGAUGUGUAUCUGCUUGCAUUUAUUGCAGACACUCUAGGAUAAGCCAAAGAUUCAUUUUCAGCCGUUUAAUGUCUUCCUCAAUAAUCCACACAGAGUGUAAAUAUUCCUAGCACUCUUCAAAAGGCUGUACUUAGUGAUUUCUCAAUCAAAUCUGGUGGGCAGAAGGCCUAAGAAGAGAAUCAUGGCAGUUAAAGACCCACUGUGGGUUUUCUAAGUAUUGGCUUUCCCAUCAAGGUUACCCAGAGGUUAAAUGUCCCUGCCCACCGGGCCAGGAGCACAGGGCAUGUGACCGUGGCCUGGUGUGUUUGGUGCUCCAGAUAAGGGACAGAAUGCCCAGGUCCACUCUGUGUAGCCUUUUCCUUAAAGCCUAGCAUUUAUUUUCCUUAACAACAGGGAACUUCUCUGCCCACCCCAAGCACAGAGUUUAACAAAACUCUCUUUUAAACCAAGUGCCAGUAGGAAGUCGUCCGCUGCUGCAGAGCUGCUGGGAUGCAAAAUUCUACCUAAUUAAUAAAAAAAAAUUCCUUAUACAAGUAGCUUUUACCUAAAGCAUUUUCUCUCCAGCAAUAUUGACUUCACUGGGGAAGAGCUAAAGUGGUGAAUGAUUUGGUCACACUUGACCUGGCUAGGAGCCAUUUUUUGCACAUGAGGGAAUUUGGCCUUUCCUUAGUUAUCUGAAUGUCUGACCCAAGUGCCUUCCUGCUAUUGUAGCAAAUUUGCUCAGCUUCAUUGUGCAUGGGCUGAAAAAGGACUAAUGCAUUUUCCUUCAAUCUUCUAACCAUGUUAGUGAAAAGGAACUCCUGGUAGUUCAAACUCCUGUACAUAUAUAUGUGUGUGUGUGUGUGUGUGUGUGUGUGUGUGUGUGUGUGUGUGUGUACACACACAAACUCUUUUUCUAAGAAAUCUUAGUUGAUUAGAGGAAGCACUUCCAUACACAACUAUACCAAAUAGCAAAGGAAAGAAACACAAGCAUUAGUUUUGAGAUGUAAACAGGCAAGAGAACGUGUAUUCAGAAACGACAGCUAUCAAGAAAGUUUUGUCAGUUACAAAUGCAGGAGGCAGUUUUGCCAAGAGUAAUUGCUCACAAAGUAUUUUCAGUAUGGAAAGAGGCAAUAAGACCCUCUAAGAGAACGAGUAAGUAAGGCUAUCCAAAUGGUCAAGAUGUAUGUGUUGCACGUGUUAGAAGGAUCUCAGGUUGAGGUUUGCACUUGCUACAGCCAAGGUAAUGUAAAUAUGUACCACGCCCAACAGCAAUCUACCAUGUUGCUGAAUGUAGUAUAUUUCCAAGGUUUGCAAGUCUUCCUGUAUUGUACAAAAAUAUUGCUGCUUGAUAAUAUAUAAUAGCAAUCCAAAUUAGUAUGUUAUUAAAUUUUAUUUUCUUAUCUGUAUUUUUAUGCUUUUUAUCUGUCUUCAAAUUAUCAUACCUGUUGGAAUUAGAAACUAUUUAUAAAUGGUCAGAAAUCUUUUUCAAUUGCCUUUUUACAUAUAUAGUGAUUUUUUCUUCCUUAAGAGUAAUGAUGUAUUCCUGAACAUUUGUUAAUCAUUCCAGAAAAAACAAAAAACAAAAAAACAAAAACCGACCUCAGAGCCUGAUAGUCACCUGU